CCACCUGCGCACUGCAAAUUGUAAAACCCUACAGAAGACUUUGCCACAGCAGUCCUGUUUUUCGACUUCGGUUGUUAACAUCUGAGUCUUUGAUCUUGGUUACCUUUCUUGUGUGAAGCAGAAUCUACCAUGGCUGACUUGAAGAAUUACGAAGUCGAAGAAUGCAGGGCUGCCUUCGAAGUGUACGAUACCACCGGUGAAGGAAAGAUUGACGCUGUCUGGCUCGGACCUCUCCUCAGGGCUUUGGACCAGACCGUUACGGAAGACAGUGUCAACAAGGCAGGAGGUACCAAGAAGGCAGGAGAGAAAAUGAUCAACUUCGAAGAAUUCCUCCCCAUCUUCAGCGGAGCCAAAAAAUCUAAAGACGUUGGCAAAAUUGAAGAUUUACUAGAAGGUUUGAAAGUAUACGACAAGAAUGAAAACGGAACCAUGAUGGCUGCUGAGUUGGCUCACGUAAUCCUCUCUCUCGGUGAGAAAUUGAAUGACAAAGAAGUUGACGAUAUUUUCACAGCUUGCUGUCCACCUGAAGACGAGGAAGGUUACAUCAAAUACGAAAAAUUCGUGAGGAACAUCCUGGAAGGACCUCAUCCAGAGGCGAAACAGUAAUCGCUCUUAAACACUAACAGCAACUUUAAAUCGAAGGAUUCCUCUGGAGCAAGGACGACAAAACCAUCCUGCCGACUUUCCUCCACUCUAUACUCCUCUCUGUCACCUCUUAUAUAUCCAUCCCUCUUUCUCCAAUCACAGUAACUUAAAAAGAGACAAAAACUCUGCUGGAAACGGUAGAGGUAGUGAACAUUGCAGAGAAAUUAUUUAUUUACCACGAAUAUAGUGAAAUCGUGCCUACAAGUGAAGUUUUUUUUUUUUUUUUUUUUUUUUUUUCAAGCGUUCAGCUCUGCAGGAAGGAAAAAUAUGAAUUUUAUCUCUCAAACAUUCUUAUGAAAUAUAUAUAGUACUGCUAUUCAUGAAAAUGAAUUAAAUUUUCACAUGAAAUACGAGUUCAAUUUAUCAUUAAAUGUGAACUGUUGUUUAUAAAGA